CUCUCAGUGGCUAGACUGAAACUCGAAAAAUGCAACUCAAGUGCAGAAAACCACCUUUUACUCGCUUAAUUACAUUCAAAUAUUCGCGAUUCUUUUUCUCAUUGUUUAAAUACCAUUACAAUACAUAGCAAGGCCACACAAAUGUAGAAAAAAAGGCCGGUCAGUCCGUAUGUGUUUCUUUUUUAUUUAUCAUCUUUAAUUAAAGAGAAUCGUGGCCGGCCAUUGUCAGACUCAGACUUACCUGCCCGACGAUUUGAAUCUCAGCAAACCGGUUAGGUACAGUCUUUUUAUUCUACAAUUUAUUUACAAACUCACUCGCAUUCAUCAACAUUAUAAAAAUAAAUCGUAUACUCAUUUGCACUUUUUGUUCAUACGGUUAUCAUUCGAUUUUCGAAAUCGCGAUUCGUUUUUCGAAUCGGCAUUUUCGGAGUUUCGCGCGCGUUGAAAACAUUUGGCGCGUCCGAACCGACUGCUUGUGUUGUCACUUCUUGCGUUCGGGGGCGUACACGAAGGGUCGGGCCGAGCGCUCGGCAAACUUCGGCUAUCGCCCUCUCUCUCCUCCAUAACUCAACUGUCUGUAGUAUCUGUACCAAUGAACCGAGUCGCAACACAGAAUUAUUAUACUCCUGUUUUAAUCUUCAACAACGGGCAGCGAUGCUGUCACCACGAGAUGAUGAAGAUGAUGAUAAUCACCUUUGCAUCAGAUGCAACACCACCAUCAUCGGACUCGACAACUACGUCAAGCAUAGAAAAGAACGAUGCUCUAAAUCCAAGCCACAACCGAAAGUUGAAAUAGCUAUCGAUCCUUUAGAGCCCACUUAUAACCUUGGAGCAGACGUCUUCUUUCAGUCUUUAGAACUUCAAAGCAGUGUCAAAAAGACUAUAUCACGACUGACUCCACCGAUACCGAUGACCAAAUCCAGCUUAGAUAGAAAGAACGUUCUAGUAGUUGCAUCUACUUCUAGCGACAUAAGGACGAUGAGUCCAGUAGAAAGUAAUUUCAGAGGUGGUGACUGGAUUGGUGGACACAGUUUAAGAAUAGGCAGCAAUGAGGAUAACCAGACUAAAUUGAUAAAUGCCGUUGCCAGUAUAAGUGGUGCUGUAAAGAAGGAAACACCUACAUCCUCUUACAAUAUACACCCUUUUAAUGAUUUCAAACCUGAUGACGAAUCUGAUGAGUCUGAGGAUUCUGAUGAUGAAGACGAAGAGGAACCGCCAUCAGGUGGGAAGUGGAAACCUCCUCCAAACUAUACUGGGGGUAAAUGGAGACCGGCAUCUCCAGAGCAUGAGGAAUGGGUAAUCAGAGAUGAGCAGGAACAUACAGGAGGAAAAUGGAGACCGAUUAUAGCUGAUGCUGAUAGAGAUGAAGAUUAUGACGCUCCACCUCCAGGACAUACAAAAGGGAAAUGGGUACCAGGAGCCCAUGAGAAAUCGCAGAUCAUGCAGACGACUAUACAGAUGAAAGGAUCAGUUCAAUAUUGGUGUGGUCCGUGUAAUAGAAGAUUAGGUUCAAGGGCGAUUUAUGAGAAGCAUUUAAUGUCCAAAUUACAUAUGAAAAAGGUGCUGCCUGAGAAUGAGUUAGAGUUCUCAGGACAUUUGCAACCAUUGAGGAGUACUGUCGAACAAAGCAGUCGCAAAUUACGAUCGGUUAGCAAACCUGAACUACCGAAAAGUAUUCUUAGAACGGAGCUUGAAAAGAAGAAAAAGAGAAAACGUAAAUUACGCUUCGUCAACUGUCCUGGCUGCAAAUCGAGGGUCCGGCAGCAUUUGAUGGGGAAGCAUUUAAUAUCCCAUUACCAUUUCCGAAAAGCUUCAAGAGUACAAAACCAGGUAUAUCGUCAACUGAUCCUAAACAAUAUUGACGUCAUAGUCCACCAAUCUCCUUUCCAAUGCAGCCCUUGUAAGUUCUACACGAAUUGGCUACCAAAUUUCAUGCAGCAUUGGUCUUCUGAAGAACAUAGCCAGAUAACAUCAUCCAUGGACGGUCGACAUUGGUGCUCCUUUUGCAAAUUCGAAUGUGAAACGUUAAUGGAUAUGCUGCUACAUCUAUCUGGCACUGACCAUAGCGAAGUAGUAGCGGUUAUCAACAGAUCCAUGCCGAUAAUUAUUAGAAAGAGAACCAUUCUUAAAUGCGAGACCUGUUACAGAGAGUUUCGUUACAACGCUGAGAUUAGACGGCAUUGUCAAUUGACAGGUCAUCAAUUGACGUAUACAGCUACAGAUGAAUAUCAAGAGCUCCACAAUUGCCAGCAAUGUACACUAAAGUUUAAAUCUUCUCUAACUUUGGCUGCCCACUUAAAGUCCGUUCACAAGCAGAAAACACACAUGUGCUUGGUAUGUUCUCGAACCUUCUGUUCAGCAGACGAAGCUAAGCAACACAGGAACACUUCAGAGCAUAGGCUGAGACGGAGGGCUAAUAUGAAAGCACGUGGCUUGCCUGUGAAAGAAGUGAGUAAGAAAUGCCCGUAUUGCAUUGAGAAGAAAGCUGUUUUGGCUAAUGUUCUGGAGCUGAAAGACCAUAUUAGGAGGAUGCAUCCUAAUAACAAAAAGAAAUGUCCAAAAUGCGGCAUGUCCUUCAUACUCCCACAGGAAGUGACCCGCCACAUUCGCUCCAAUGCCUGCCAGUUCCGCAACUGGCUACCCCCCACUUCCAACCACCAGCUUUGGAACUGUAGCCAAUGUCUGUUUACCACGGACUCUCAAGCUGAAUGCUUCUUUCAUGAGGUGUUACAUACGGCUCCGGUCAAGGAAGUUCAAAGAAUCGAUGACCAGGACAAAAUUAUCCUAAAAUACAGAUGCCCAUUAUGCCCCAAGAACUUCAGCAAAUCUUCCCUCCGUCACCACCUCCGACAGCACACUUGCGAACGUCCCUUCAUCUGCAAGAACUGCGGCGCCAACUUCACGAGAAAAAGUAGUCUGGUCAACCAUGUCCAGAAAGAGCAUGAGACGCCGAAAGUGGCGAAAGAAGAGAUGCAAUGCGGGAGGUCGAUUACUACCGCAGGCGCCAGCCAACCCAUCGGAUCAAAUAAUGAAGCUAUAUCGGCUAAAACAUUCCUCUUCGUGACAGGUUGUUCAGCAUAUACUUGCACUAAUGCAGUUGGCAUCAGCCGCGCGCGACUCCCCGUAGUGAGACACGAACUUUCUUCACACUCCUGUCAGGUGGCUACUGACGAACUCCUGUGCCCCUACGAGCAAUGCGGUUACGUCGCUUCAACAUCUAAACAAUAUACCAAACAUUACGCCACUCACGGCGUUCGACUGAAGCACCUGAGCUGCCCCAAAUGCCCGUUCAGAACCAACCAGAACAGCCAUCUGAAGAGACACCUCAUCUGCCACGAAGCCCGCAAGCCAUACAAAUGUCCACAUUGCGAAUUUACCUGCGCUAGCUUGGAGAACCUCCGAAAACAUGCCCUCCGGCGCGCUCACCGCGGCUUACCAUUAUACAUGUGCGCCGCCGCCGACUGUACAUUCGGCGCUGACACCGCUACAGAGCUGCGCGCGCACCUCGUUCUCGCACAUGGGGAUCUAUAUGACGUCCGCUCCGCUGUUGAAGCCGUUAAAAGGCAUCUUAUGGUAGAAUAACGGUGC